AUGUUUUUGAAGACGUUUUGGAAUUGUUUACGCACCAAAAUGACGGCAGGAAAACUGGACUAUAGCAACAAAAUCAUAUUAGCACCCAUGGUAAGGGUGGGGACAUUGCCGACACGUCUAUUGGCAUUAGAAAUGGGAGCCGACAUUGUCUACACAGAGGAAUUGAUUGAUUUGAAAUUGGUCAAGUGUGUCCGGAGUGUUAAUGAGGCAUUGGGUACCAUUGAUUAUGUUGAUCCCUCCGAUGGCACGGUUAGCUUUCGUACCUGCAGUUUGGAAAAACCCCAGUUGGUCCUACAAAUGGGCACCUGUGAUGCUGAACGUGCCUUGGCUGUGGGCAAGAAAAUACAACAAGACAUUUCCGGAUUAGAUAUAAAUAUGGGUUGUCCCAAGGAAUUUUCCAUUAAGGGGGGUAUGGGUGUGGCGUUGUUGGCUCAGCCAGACAAAGCCUGUCACAUCCUCAAAACUCUGGUGGAUAAUUUGGAUAUACCGGUGACGUGCAAAAUAAGAAUUCUACCAAAUCUGGAAGAUACCAUUGAAUUGGUAAAGCGUUUAGCUGGUACAGGUAUUGCCGCAAUCGGUAUACAUGCUCGCACUCGUGAUGAGAGGCCACAGCAUAGCCCCCAUCCCGAUGUCAUACGGGAGGUGGUAAAACAUAUUGAUAUACCUGUUAUUUGCAAUGGCGGAUCGAGGGAUAUUGAAAAAUACGAAGAUAUUUUAAAGUUUCGUGAUUUGUGCGGAGCAUCAAGUAUAAUGGUGGCCAGGGCGGCUCAAAUGAACGUUUCCAUAUUUCGGAAAGAAGGUUUGUUACCCAUGGAUGAGCUGAUUUGUAAAUAUUUAAAGUUAAGCGUCGACUAUGACAAUCCACCGCACAAUACCAAAUAUGGCAUACAAAGUGUCAUGAGGGAACAGCAAGAAACUCCAAGAGGGAAAUUGUUCCUGAAAUCCCAGACAAUGCAACAAAUGUGUGACAUUUGGAACAUGGGCGACUAUUGUCGUCAAAAAGAAUUAGAACAUCAUAAGAAAGGUGCAUUUGGUCGAAGGAAAGUUAUACCGGGACAAGUACCCGAUUCCGAUAUACUUGAGACUGUGGCGAAAAAAGCCAAACUGGAAAAUGGUAAUAAUGAAAAUGACGAUGAUAGCGAUAUUAUUGAAGAGAAUAUUGCAUUCUUAAGAUGUAACUAUGAUAUGAAAAACGAUAAAUUUCCCAAAACUCUACUCUAUGUGCAUGCGAAUAAAAAUGAAAUAUUGCAACCAGUCUACGAUACCGAGGGCAAAGAUAAACUCUUUCGUUCAAUUUGUAAAUUUGAUGGUAAACGUUAUCGUUCCACAUUUUGGUCGAAAAAUAAAAAGCAAGCUGAGCAAGCGGCCGCAUUGGUGUGUUUGAAAAAUAUUGGUUUGGUAACGGAAGAGGAGCUAAUUAGAAAUGGUAGCAUCUUAAGAUGA